GUCCUGAAAGCGCGGGGGGGGGGGACACGCAUGGAGGAGAGCCAGGAGCAGCACGGGGGGGCCGAGGAGCCCCCCGCCAGCACCGAGCCCACCGAUGCCAGUGGUGAGAAAGAGGAGGAGGAAGCCUUCCUCGUCAGCCUCUACAAGUUCAUGAAGGAGAGGCACACACCCAUCGAGAGGAUCCCGCACCUCGGCUUCAAGCAGAUUAACCUGUGGAAGAUUUACAAAGCGGUGGAGAAGCUGGGAGCCUACGAGCUGGUAACGGGGAGACGGCUGUGGAAGAAUGUGUACGAUGAACUGGGCGGCAGCCCCGGCAGCACCAGCGCGGCCACGUGCACCCGGCGGCACUAUGAGAGGCUGGUCCUCCCGUACGUGCGGCACCUGAAGGGCGAGGACGACAAGCCGCUGCCUCCCAGCAAACCCCGCAAGCAGUACAAGGUCUCCAAGGGCACCGAGACGGGCGAGAAGAGCAGGAGGAGCAAGAAGGAGAAGGGCCGGGAGCAGGUGGCACCAGAGAAGGCAAAGCCUGAGGUGGCAGCCACCCCCGGAGCCAGCAAAGAGGACCCAACUGAGGCCCAGGAGCAAGGCCGGCCGGCGGAGGGAUGCGCCAGCCCCACGGCCCCGGCAUCGAGCCCCUCGGCGGGGUGUCCCGGCACCUGCCGAGCCCACGCUGAAGCCUACAAACGCCUCUUCUCCAGCUUUUACUCCAAAGGCAACCACCCCAUCAUGUCUCCGCUGGCCAAGAAGAAGCUGCUGGCCCAGGUGAGCAAGGUGGAGUCCUUGCACUGCCACAAACGCCACUGCCUGGAGGGCAGGCGGGCGGCGAGCAGUGCUCAGCCCAACCCAGAGCCCAGCCGGCCGGCAGCCAGCCCCCACCUCAAGGAGCAGAGGAGCCCCGAGACACAAGGAUUGAAGGACACACCCCGGGGAGGCUGGAGCGAGGCAGGACCCGUCCCCAGCGCAUCCCCUGGGAGGACGGACAGGCAGCCUUACCCAAGAGCUGAGGAUGGGGGCCCCGCGCCCGCCGUCUUCACUGGUUUCUUUCACGCGUACCGCAACGAGGUGCUGAAACCCAUCAGCUGCCACCCCUUUGGGGGAUACUUCUCCAACUUGAAGGAUUUCUUGGAACCACAACCCGAGGACACGGAGGCUGGCCGGGAGCAGCCCCAAGACCUGCGGAGCAAAGCGUGGAGCAGGGAGAGCCCGCAGCCGGCCGCCUUCGCUGCCGUCAAAGCCUGCUGGGUGCCCCCCGGGGCCGGCUUCGCCCCGCUGCCACAGAGCCCUGUACCACCCACAGCCAAGCGGAGCCGGGACGAGGAGGCUCUGGGCCCCAGCAGGAAGCUCCGGGCCGCUUCCCCCUUUGUCCACGAAACUGAAGGCAGGGACAAGGGCGCUGGCUCGCCCAGGGGCCACCAAGGAUUGGCCAAACCCAAAGCCAUCAUUCCCGGACCCGGCUACGCCGCUCCGCUCACCGCAGUGCCUCAAGCCCCAGACGUUUACAAGGGAGCGAUGCUGCGCUUCCCGGUGAACUUCGGCAACCCUCUGGAGCACCUGAAAAACCAGGCAGCCCCCCCGAUGCCGUCUCCCUCCAUCAACCCCUUCGUCAUCCCCGCUUUCCCCAGCCCCGUGGUAGCCGCCUCCGCGCAGCCCUCUGAGCUCAGGCACUACCCGGCGUCCUACGAGGGCUCCCUGCACCACCGGCUCUACCCCACAGCGACGUGGCACAGCCAGCACACCUACAGCACCCCACACGCCUCCGCCUUCCACCGCAACACCAAGCUGUAGGGCUGCCGUCCUGCCCUGGAUCAGCCCUGGCCCCACAGAGAGGCAGGCAGCGGGAUGCCCCAGCACCGGGCAGCCUCAUUGCUGCUGUGUCUCAUGGCAAAGACAAGCUGGGCCGUGUCGUUUUUACUCUUGGUCUUAGAGUUGUUUGUAUCUGACAUCGUACUCCGGUGAUUUAACUACCAAUAUCACAAGGUUCUAUAUAUAUUAUAUAUAUAUAUAUAUGUAUAAAAAAAAAAAAUAAGGGAGCAAAAUGAGUUGCAGAGGUUUUCUUGCUAGAGAUGCUGUGUCCCCAUGCAGUUUCGUGCAGCCAACACAGCCAGGUGGUGGAUGUUCCCAUCUCGCCAUGCUGUGCCCAGGAUGCCCUGCAGCUCCCUGUACCCAGCCCCUCCUCCCUCCCACAAAACAAUGCAAUUUUAUUUCCAAAGUACGUGGCCUUAUAGCAGGGGCUCCUGAGGGUAUAAGGGGCUCGGGAUGGUGGUGAGCAUCUGUGGGAAGCACGCUGGCCGCUCUGGAGUGGGUGCUGGAGGGUAGCAUCCAAAAUAAACCUCACUGGAUGGUCCCAGCUGGUGGUGUUUGGGGUGUGCUUGAUUUCUGGGAUCAGGGCUAAGUUGCAGGGGGAAGCCAGCCUCACCCUAGCAGGUGUUUCCUGACCUGGGAAUGUGCUGAGACCUACCUCUGUUUUUUUCCUGCAUCGUUUUUGGCACCUUCUUCCCAGCCUCGGGGAAUCGGAGCCGUUUCCUGGAGCAUCCACGUGUCCACACAUGGGUGCCGCAGGCUGGGAGCACGGCGCAGUGAUGGCAUGGAGAGGCCUCCUGGCUCUGGAACCCACCACAGACGGACAGACAGCACCUGGGAUGCGACCUGUGGAGAGGAGAGGAGCGCUCUGGUGGCAGCCAGAUGACCCAGGACAACCGAGGAAUCUGCAAACCAGCACAGACCUGCAGAGCAGAGCACGUCUCCAGCUGCUUUUUCCCUCUGCAAGCUCCCACUGAGCCCCUGCAAAUGACCCAAAGUCUUUGUUGCAGCCUCUGGACUUACUUCUCUUGUGCCAGCUGCUCCCCACAAGCACGGGGUGUCCUGGGUACCCUGCUAUGAGCUGUUACAUGGAAAGGGCAAAGAGAUUUUCAUCCCUUAAAGGGGCACUUGCUCAUCCCCAAAGAGCGCGAAGAAACAGAGCAGCAGUGGUAAAUCAGCUCUGGAGGAUCACUGCUGCUGCUUCCAUGGAAAGGACUUGGGAUAGAAAGCAGAAAAAAAAGGAUUAUCCCCAGGCAGCACCGGUCACUCCACGGUGCUUUAAGGGCUAGACUUGUUGAGAAGAGUUCUCACUGCUGCUGAAAUAGGUCAGACCAGUUUUAUAAAGCAUCACGGACCCAGCCUGUCCUGGAUCCCCCAGUGUGGACAUCAGCAAGGGAUUAAAUGCACUGCAGUGUCCUGGCACAUUGUGCCCCAAGAGCCUCGCCACCAAAAUGCAGACAAAUGACACCACUUUGUGAGCGAGGACGCGGUCACAGGGCUCAAGUCGUCCCUCAGAGAUUGUGAGUAAGGACGUGAGAGCAAAAUGGGAGAUGCCACAACCCCGAGGGUAUCGCAGCCUUACAGAGAAAUUCAAGUGACUUCAAGCCUGGGAGAUAGAUAGAGCUGGGCUGCUUAAGGACACCAAACAUCGACAGCUGACCCUCCCCUUUAUGGGUCAGGCACACAUUUAUGUCCACAGCUCCCUCAGAUGCUAGAGUAAAGCUUAAGCUCACCCA